AUGGCGGAUGACAUUCUCGCUUUUGGCUUGCAGAUGAUGGAAGCGAUCCAAGUCUCGCAGCAGCAGGGAUUUGGGGGAGACGAUCACGCAGCAUCCAGCAUGGAAUCAAGGAUGGAAUCGUUAGAUUCCGACGUCGCCGCUGUUCUUCGCGUAUACUUGGCCGACGUCAUCAAGUGGCAGCAGGAGGAGGCCGACCGGCGGCUGGCGGAGCUGGAGCAGCGCAGGGAGAGCCGUCGAUUGCGCCAGCUGGACCACGACCGACGGCUCGCGGAGGAUCUCCACCGGCACUGGAACGUGUUGGGGGACACGGACUACCGGCGCGCGGACGAGCCGCUGGUGGAGUUUGACGACCUGGACGCACGGUACGGCGGGGAAUAUGCGCCACCCGUGGGAGAGCAUAUGCUGCCCGUGCCGGCCGCGGACGUCACCGAGGUGUGUACCAUCUGCGCCGAGAACCGGUUUUCCAGCGAGAUGGUCACGGUGUCGGGGUGUGACCACCGGUUCUGCGUCCACUGCGUGGAGCGGCACGCCGCGGUGAAAGUGACGCAGGGUGAGGUGAAUAUCCGGUGCCCCGCGGUGAACUGCGCGGUGAGUUUCAGCGACGAAGAGUGUGGGCGUUUGCUGUCCGAGAAGACCUUGGAAAUGCUAGCCAAGCGCGUCAAGGACUUGAGCAUCCCGGCGGAGUAUAAAGUGUACUGUCCGUACAAGGACUGCUCCGAGAUGAUGGACAGGCGGGAGCUGGAGGUGUCCGAGUCCACGUCAUCUUUCAGCUCGGCAUCCGCGCCUGCUCGGGCCUGUGUGACGUGUUCCAGAUGCGAGAAUAAGAUGUGCUUGCGGUGCAACGUGGCAUGGCACGUGGACAUGUCGUGCGACACGUUUCAGGCGCUUCCUGCCCAUCUGCGUGACGUGGAGGGCGCGCUGCUGCACACGCUGGCAAAGAGAAAGCAGUGGGCACAGUGUGAGAGGUGUGGGCGGAUUAUCGAGCGUGACGGUGGAUGCGAACACAUUAAAUGCAAAUGCGACUAUGAGUUUUGCUACAUGUGCGGAAAGAAAUGGAUUCGUGCAAACCAUUCUUGCGUAAGAGCUUUCAAUUAA